CUUUAACCCUCAAAUCUUUCCUGCCUAUCCUUCUCUUUGUUAUUGUUUUUUUUUCCUAUAUUUAGAAUUCGUUUCUUUUGAUAAUUGGUGGUUGGGGUUUGUUUGAUUUGCUAUAUACUCUAUUUCUUCUUCUUCUCUGGGAUUGGAAUGAGAGAGUUAGAGGACACAAUGCCGGAACAGGCUGAUGGCAUUCGGAAAUCCAAGUUUGGGAAAACUACACUUUCGGAUCCUAACAUGUCCAUGACAUCUCCUGUGGAUGAAGAUGAUUUAUGCCUUCGUCACAGCAGCGCAUCGGCUAACGGUUCCGGCCCUUCCGAACCGAACAGGUCGAGCGGAGAAGAGUCGCCGAUGAUGAUGUCGCCGUGGAACCAAACCUUUAAUUUCGACAAGUCUCCCUCCACCCCUGACGACGACAAAAUUGUUCCACCCCAUAGUCUCAUCGGGUCUCUUACUCGUGAAGAGGGCCAUAUUUAUUCCUUAGCAGCCUGGAAUGAUCUACUUUACACCGGCUCCGAUAGCAAGAACAUCCGUGUGUGGAAGAAUCUGAAAGAAUAUACGGGUUUCAAAUCAAACAGUGGAUUGGUUAAGGCCAUUGUGAUUUCAGGGCAAAAGAUUUAUACGGGUCAUCAAGAUGGAAGGAUCCGGGUUUGGAAAGCCUCUCUUAAUAACCCGGGUGUUCAUAAACGAGCUGGAACGUUGCCAACCCUGAAAGAGAUACUCAAAAGUUCCAUUAAACCAAGCAAUUACAUUGACGUGAAGCGCAAGCGCUAUUUAUGGAUCAAACACUCGGAUGCAUUAUCCUGUUUGAGCUUGAAUGAAGAACAAGGUCUUCUUUACUCGGCUUCAUGGGAUAAAACGUUUAAAGUAUGGAGAACUUCCGAUUAUAAAUGCCUUGAAUCGGUUCAGGCACACGACGACGCUGUUAACUCCGUGGUUUCGAGCACCGGAGAUACGGUUUUCACGGGUUCGGCCGAUGGAACCGUAAAAGUGUGGAAAAGGGAACGGGUGAAAAAAGGAACGAAACAUACGUUGAGUCAAACUCUUUUACAACAAGUAACUGCAGUCACAGCUUUGGCAAUCAACAACCCUGCUUCAGUAUUGUACUGUGGCUCAAGUGACGGCCUGGUUAAUUUCUGGGGACUGGAAAAGAAUCUAGCCCACGGCGGGGCACUUAAAGGGCACAAGCUGGCGGUUCUCUGCCUUGAGGCGACUGGGAAUUUGGUGUUUAGCGGAUCAGCUGAUAAAACCAUAUGUGUUUGGCGUAGGGAUAGCCACAUCCACACAUGCCUCUCGGUGCUAACGGGGCAUACGGGGCCAGUAAAGUGCUUGGCCGCGGAAAAGGACCAAAAAGUGAAGAAUGAGCAGCGGUGGAAACUGUACAGUGGGAGCCUCGAUAAGUCGGUCAAAGUGUGGAGCGUGUCGGAGUAUGCUCAGAUAGGGUCGACGCAGCAAAACCAGCAUCAGGCUGUGGGGUGUGAAAGCGAGUCUUCACCUUCUGGUGGGAGCUGCUCAUCGGGCAGCAAUUACGGGAGGUACUGAAAACCGAUCCCAAAUGAAUUUCGGGUCUCUUGAAUUGCCACGUGUUCAUGGUUUGUAAUGGAAUUAUCUUUAGGUAAUGACACGUGGACUGGGGGAGGAAACCAGUUUGCUAUAGUAUGUUGUUGGAAUGAAAUCCGUUUGAGGGUUUUCCCUGGGUUAUAUAGUAGUAAAUAAAGAUGAUUGUUGUGUACUUUGUUUGAUGAAACCUGGAGACAGAUUUCUUAAAUAAAAUUCCCUUUCUUUUCUUA